CUAACUACCCCUCAAAAAAAAAUAUAGAGACCAGACCAGAUUAGUCCGGGAGCUCGGAGGCGAAGGCGGCGCGAGGGACGCCGGGGGCGUCGCCGCCGGCGUUUGACAGCCGGCGCAUGACUGUCGGCGCCAAUCUCCACCCCCGAUCUUUCUGCAAGAGAAGCUGCGAUCACCUGUAACACCGAGGCCUGCUGUGUUUGCUUCUACCGUCUCAGCUAUGUCCGGGCUUCAAGGUUGGGCAGACCUCCCAGAUGGCCUGCUUCACUCCAUUGUUUGUCGGUUGGGAUCCUUCCCUGAUCUUCUUGCUUUCGCUGCCACCUGCCCCUCUUGGCGUAUUUCCUUCUUCUCCUAUCCCUCCAAAUCGACAUUGUUGCCACCUCUCCUCCUCCAAGCUGAUAUCCCUGUUUGCUUCUCGUCCUUGCCCAUUGAGCAACAGCCUCGUACCCAAACACUCAUGCUAUGUUACUGAUCUUGCCAACAAAGACACCUAUAUGUGCUAUCAGGUUCCCCAAUUUGCUUGUUUUGUUGACAGAAAAUCCCCACCGGGUUUACUGGAUAAUUUUUCUUUGGGAAGUGUUUCCUAUGGCCAUCUCAUAUUGGCCAACCAACAACAAUCAUGUCUUCUUGUUGAUGUCUUCACAGGUGUUAGUGUCUCAGCUCCGCAGCUACCGGUUGGUGGAUAUAUUCUCCUAUACUAUGCUGCCCUCACGGCUCCUCUUUCGUCACGCAACUCACAUCUCCUGGUCAAUGCUGGGUGCCACAAUUUCUUUUGGAGUGUUGGUAGCAAUUCUUGGUUGAGACGUUCUCCUAGCAAUGGAACGAUUAAGCAAGUCGUGGUAUUCAAAGGCCAGGUCUUUGGCAUGGAUCAUGAUCGCAGGCUCUAUAUCGUGCAUUUGGAACCCCAGAUAUGCAUACAAAAAAUAGCAGUUGAUCUGGAUAGAAGCAUGACCAGCAAAUGGCAUCUUUCGCACCCAUGGCCUGUCGCGUGCAGUGACAUGCUUCUGAUGGUUGGUUGUCGGGAAUCUUUCGCAUCAACAGGGGAUACCUUUGAAGCAUUCCGUCUGGACUUAUCAAGUGAACCUGCAAAGUGGGUGAAGGUGGAGAAGCUAGAUAACUGGGCGAUCUUCAUCAGCGUGGACCAGAGAAGCCAACCCUUGUGUUGCAUGAACCCUGAAAGAUGGGGAGGAAGGAGCAACUGCGUAUACUGCUAUAGUCUUUCUAAAGAGUGGUUCACAUUUGAAUUGGGCAAACCGUUGGAGGGAGAUGCAUCCAAUCCAAGUGUCUUUUUUUCCAUACAUUGUGACACUAUGAUGCAACCUAUGUGGGUUGUGCCCAGUAUGUUGUAUUCGUGUUCGUGAUGAUCUAUUGUGUUGAUGCAUGGUUAUUAAUGCUCGCCAUAGCAGCUUCUGUGGCAGUGAGCAUGUAUGAGUUUGUAGGGUAUCCCGACUUUAUGUAGGUUUGAUGUGGUCUAUCAAGUUUUGAACCUUUGCUUUGUAGGUCAUGUUGGAGUGUAAGGAUGUCAUGGUCGAUUUCUACCCUUUUCGU